CAGAGUGAAGUGAACAUUUGGGAGUGAAUAAAGUUUUAAAUUUGCAAUCCAAUAUUGCUCUCCGAAUAAAAGUGAGAACUCAUUAUUCGCCCUUUUCGGCGAAACCACUUUGUUGCUGUGACCUUCCGCACCGAAACCGUGAACGGUGAAGCUAGAGUAUGAAAUGAUCCGUUCACUUUUAGUACCGUUCCGAUAGCGGUUACCACGUGUGCAUUAAUUCGUGAAAUAGCGAGCAAACAGAAUCACGAUAAACCUCCUGCGCCACCGGAUUUCCGUGCCGUUACAUCGAGGGCCGGAACAGCACGUGGCGUGACCACAGGAAGCGCGGCUGACGACGAAAGUUGGCGAUCGACCGUGUUUUUGGUGCCGACAGUGAACACGCAACCUCGCGAUACCAUGGCCUCGCGCAAUCGGACGCCGCCCGGUCAAAUACGGGACGAUUUUUUGCUCGAAACAAACUUUGACGAAGACGGUGCCCUCACGCGAGCCUACAACACGCUUCCACAGCAGCAGCAACAGCAGCAACAGAACGGUUUGCAGCGAAGAAGCAUCGCUUAUCGGUCCAACUUAUCGGUGGAUCGAUACUCGGACACCACAUUACACGGAAAGCCACCACGCAAAGGUGGUUGCUGUAAGUCAUGCAUUACAAGGAUACCGUACGCGACACUGAUCGCUACGGUUAUGUGCCUUAUCGGUGUCGGCGUGUUCUGCGGCACAAUGUUCCGUGGCACCUCGCUGGCCAUCGUAAUGCUCGAUCAGGUGUUCCACCUGCGGCUGCCCUGGAUCGAGGCGGUACAGAUGAUCUUCGUCGUUAUCGGUGCCUCGAUGGCGGCCCUUGGGCUAAUGAUACUGUUCGUUGGCUUCCUGGCGACCGGCGCCACCCGCCAUAAGGUGUACCGGGCGUGGGGCUCCCGAGUCGGCGGCCGCAUCUCGUGUGCGGUCUUCAUGGGCAUCUCCUACGUACUGAACAUCGUUUGGAUAUUGAUCCUGUGCUUUCUCUCCAUCGUCACGUUCGUGUUUACGGUGUUCUGGAACAUGUGCGCCAAUAACAACGUACAGACGCACCGUGAUUGCAUCGAUCUGACACAGUUCUACUUCAUGUUCCCGGACGGCGUAAAGCAGGAAGAUAUGAAGAUUUGCGAUCCGGGCAAGGUGAAAGCGUUCUGCAAGGACGGAGUCGAGAAGUGCGAGAUCAUGUUCAUACUGGCGACCGUCUCCUGUUUGCUGAUCAUACUCAGCUUCGUGCACUAUCUGAUGUGCCUGGCCGCAAACUAUGCCCACAUUCGCGAUCACGAAAAGUUCCAGGAGCUGCAGGAAAUGCAAAAUCUUACCGAGAUGGAGUAUAGUGCCGCGUCAAAGGACCGGUUCUAGGAUACGGCCCAGGAGAUCUAUAUCGAGCACUGCACCUGAGGGUGGCCUUGUAAGGCAGCAUCCGCUGUACGAGCAGCUUACGUUUAAAUUUGCUCCUCCCGUCUAAGACGGUUGCUAAUUCCGUGCACACGUUCAGCGUACCCUUAAAAGGAGCAUGCACCGCAGUUCUUUAUUUGGCACCCAUUUUCACCAUUUACGUUAAGUUUCGUGGCGCCAAUGCUGUUUGAUAUAAUUAGUAUCUUUUGCUUGAAACGUUAUUUGGGCACAAACACAGAUUUUGUGUUGCAUCCAGCGCGCGCUAUAGUUUGUUACUUAGGCAUCAUUCCGUCCAAACUCGAACAUGCUUCUUCGUGCUUAACAUAUUUCGUAACGCUUCCUUUUCCGGUCUGUCUUUGUUUCGGCCCAUGGCACAACGCCUAGUCCGCGUUUACUUAUCACGACGCUGCCCGGAUACGCAAGCGCAAGCUUACUGCCCAAUAUAGAUACUCCUGGACCAUAUACAUGUUAGUAGAGAUGCGUAGAUACAUAAGCAACGACACAAGACCGAUUGACCUCUUUAAGCAAGGGAAGGAUAAGCGCACACAUCGAACGAAGAUGUCGGAAAAGAAAAUAGAUGAACGGCCAACACUAAGUCUGACAAUGGUAACAAUAAGCAACAAGCGACACUUCAUACGAAACUACUAAGCCAUCACCGGUCAAAUGCUCAAAAUUUUGAAAACGUGCAUCACAAACACGAAACGCAAAGUAGCAAAGAAACACAUAUCGGUAUAGGUUAUCGGUCGAAAUGAACAAUAUUUUUUCCGUCUAGUUUGGAAAUCGGCGGACGCCGCAUUUAUGGAUAAACGAUUUAUUUUACAGAGAGUACGUGAAGCAAUCGAGCAACAGUUUGCACCAGAAUCGAAGCACAAACAAAGUUUUGGACAACCGCACAUAACUACAGAUCUUCAUCCGUUAACACAUUCCAGUGUGAUAGUAUAACUCUGCGUAUAAAUACGAGUGGGAUAGCAGAAACAGAAGCGCAUCGGAAAGAUAUAUAUUUUUAUAUCUAAACAGAGUAGGUGACCAGUUGAAGGAAGAAAAACCAUUAAUAGAUAUGGCAGGCGGUUUGAUGGAUUCCAUUCGUGAUCUCCUUAAGUCAUGCAGAUGGAAACGUGCAAAGUUAAAUGCAUUGAUCGUAAAGCGUAAAAGCAGCAAAACGUGGUUUCAUUAUAGAGAAGAAAAGUAAGUGCUGAAUGAAGAGGAGUACCACAAGUGAGAAUCGGUAUUUUGGCAAAUUUUAUCGUAUAAAAAAAACCUAAACAUCAGCAAUAGCUCCAGCGACUAAGAAUAACGUGUCUUUUUCCAUAACAUUCGCUGGAGGUUUCCAAAGGAACGGGAUUGUCCGGUCCAGUGAUUCACUUUUUGGUAGCUUUUUAGAUCGCUUUUCUCUCCGUUUCUUGUUGAGACGGGGAGGUAUUGUUUUUCCGUUGCCUAAUGCCUGUAGUAUUUAUGUCCGCGAUCAUCUAUAUAUAUAAACGAGAAAACGAAACCUUAGAUUAGCCUCUAGACACCUAAAGUAUUUACAAAAUGCAAGCAGCAUAUACUGCAAGACAUUCCAGUGUCGUGUUCUGUUGUGUCGCGAAUGCAUGCAUACAAUCAAUUGAAUUAAUCCCCCCUUUUUGCGUAAGUGUUCCGUAACCCCAUAUUUAAUCGUCGUUCAUAACUCUACCCGAUAACGUAUAUUUCUCUCUAUCGAUUUCCUAUUCCAAUCGUGUACGACAUUUAUCAUUCUUCGAACUAAAUAGUGAGCCCUUUUGGGAAAACAUUUGCAUCGUCGAUCAUUUUGCCACCUGUCUAUCUAUUUCAGUCUAAGUAUUCAUUACAAACGAAUAAGAACAUUAUGCGAAGAGUUGAAUUUCAAAAAUUCCAACGGAGUAAAAAGAAACUUGUUUAGAUUCUAGCGCAAUGAUAAGACGUUACAUCCGCUUCCGUUUCAUAAUUAGAUUUAGGCACUACACUACGUUACACAUCGUGAGGAGCAAGCGAAAAAGUUCUGCAACAAUCAUUUCGAACAAUCAAUCAUGUUCUUUCCAUAAGAAGCUACAACGUUAGCGGAAUGUUAAUUUCCCUAUGUU